AUGGGCACCGGAGGACUUGUGGUCUUCCGCUCUGUGAGAGGUGGGCAGAAGAGCGUCUAUGCUUGCAUCUACUUUCAGUGCGAUGGUUACUGGCAGGACCUUGGAGUACGGUUGGCCGAGUUUCUAGAUUCCUGCCUGCUCGUGAACGGGUUGGGUGCCAACCUCCCGAAGGACAAGAUUGUGUGCAACGGCUUUGGCUGCUUGGUUGCGCAGUUCAUCGCACAAUUUAAGACCGGGCCAGGCCACCUCUACCUCUUCAGCACAGACUGCAAACUUCAAAUGGAGUUCGUGUAUGUUGUAGAGUACAACUGCGAUGCACCAACUCCGUUGCUGUCUGUAAAAUCCUGGCAGGGCCGAUGCUCAACAGGGGAACAGGAAGCUGAGUUCCUGAGUCCUGCAGGCUUCCGUGCAUUCUGCCAGCGAAGCGGCGCUUAUGAGGACGACAUCACCAUGACGUGUGCACCAAAGCGAAAGAAGAUUCGCAUGGCCCCGCAGCCACGCGAGUCAGAUGACGACACAGAUGACGAACCACCCCAGAGCGUAAAGUUAGAUCAGCUAGACUAA